GUAGACUUGAGGAGUUCCAUUGAGUGGUCACAAUCGGCCCGACUACGGCUGGUGUUCCCACAGUGGGACCUGAGCUGCCAACGUUGGAGCGUCAGUGAGCAAGUAAGAUGUGGCCGUAGGGAGGGGCCUCGGUGAGCAGGCUGAGCCCCUUAUGGAGCCCACCAACCACCGCAUUGCCUUAACUCGAGCCAAGCCUCGCCUUAUCAACAACGCAACUUUCUUCUUCCAUGUUCCAUUCACCCCUUUCAACACCUGCUGAACCGAAGCCUUCACACAGAAAUCAUUCAGUCACAAAUCUCAGCUCAAGCAAAAUGAUGUCGGGUCUUCAACAGCAAAUACUAAAGGAAGGGAUAAACAAAAAAAGGGCUGUCACUAAAAGAAGGAAAAAAAAAAGAGAGAGAGGCAAUCUUCGGACAUUGGUGGAACGUAAUCCGGAGUUGGUCUUGGAGGAUUUCGUGGUGAAGUACCGGCGUUCUGAGCACCUACAUACUACACUUGAUGAGAUGAUGAAUCAGAUCCUACAAUCUCGUUGCUGCAGUCGGAUACGCCGUCGUGAUAUUCUCGUCCAAGAGAAUAGUCCGAACACGAACGAGAACAAGCUGCUAGGGGUGGUUUGCCUUCCACUGAAGGGUGCUGAGAGUGAUACACCCAAAGAACAUCUGACACGCGAUCCCGAAGGUUACUUCGCUUUUCUCAUGGUAAAACGCGUGAUCAUGCAUCCUCUUUUCUUGUCUUCUGCUAACGUCCGAACCCAACAGGCACUCGCCGAAGCUGGUGCCAUGAAUAGAGAGGCUCCAUUCGCCCCAGAGAAGCAGGCGUUAAUCGUUAAGUACUGGCCGGGAAACCAGAUUAUAGGAGCCGCGAAUUUGCUUCUAAAUAUCAAACCCCUCAUCCUAGGACUGGCUUCUUGUGUGAUCCUUGAAAAAUACCGCCAAAACGCUUCCAGGCCACAAUCGAAGACGCGGGAAUGUCUCGAACCAGACUUUGAGUCGUUCUUCGGCCGUCAAUUAAGCGUGGAUGAUGUGAGGAGCACAGUAGAAGAUAACUACAAAGCCUUCAAGGAACUACGCAAGCAACAGCUCAUAUCUUGCGGGAUAAAAGAUUCAGAUAUGGAGCUUUACCUCCCAACCAGUGGGGAUGCGGAUAGACAAAUCACGGUGUUUGUCCUAGUCAAUGCGAUGAUAGUGUUGUUCAACGAGGAAGAUUAUGCCAUUCGAGAGGUGUGGGCCAAUGCCACGCAAGCCAUGAUUGAGAAAUCCCCCACGGAUACGCAUGUAGAGAAGCAAUUCUGGGGAAUCAAAGACAGCCGAUUACAGAGGUAGAUGCGAUGGUGGAUUGACAGGAAAGCCGAAGCGAAGGACGAAGGAAGGUUUGAGAGACCUUUUUGCAACGCAAAGUAUUAUUUACCUACCCGAAAGUAGCCCGGUCCUGACAGUUUGUUUUCCAAUGGCAAUAGACAAAUGCGAUGCAAUCGCAGCCCUAUAAUUAUGCUUUAUUCUAACUUAAUUGAACUCCGUGUGUACUACGAAUAUAGUAGAAUUAGCACACAAAGCGCACGCGCUCCUGAGGCAACGGUUCUGUUGAAAGUGUAUGUGUUCAAGGAGUCAUUGCAUGUAUUGUACGGAUCAAGGGGCACGCAAGGGACACGAAGGUCAUGUUCAUGGUUCAUGGAUAUAAGGAGGCCUUCCCACCUUCACUCAUCAAGUAGUUUAGUUGAAUGUAACGUUCAAUUUU